AUGGACUCGGCCGUCAGCGAACCGCAUAACGGCAGCGCCGAGGCAGGCGGCCCAACCAACGGCACAACGCGGCCGCCUUCCACGCCAGAGGGCAUCGCGCUGGCCUACGGCAGCCUCCUGCUCAUGGCGCUACUGCCCAUCUUCUUCGGCGCCCUGCGUUCCGUGCGCUGCGCCCGCGGCAAGAAUGCCUCGGACAUGCCCGAGACCAUCACCAGUCGGGACGCCGCUCGCUUCCCCAUCAUCGCCAGCUGCACCCUCUUGGGACUCUACCUCUUUUUCAAAAUAUUCUCCCAGGAGUACAUCAACCUCUUGCUGUCCAUGUAUUUCUUCGUGCUGGGAAUCCUGGCCCUGUCCCACACCAUCAGCCCUUUCAUGAAUAAGUUUUUUCCAGCCAACUUCCCAAACCGACAAUACCAGCUACUGUUCACACAGGGCUCUGGGGAGAACAAGGAAGAGAUCAUCAAUUAUGAGUUUGACACCAAGGACCUGGUGUGCCUGGGCCUGAGCAGCAUCGUUGGCGUCUGGUACCUGCUGAGGAAGCACUGGAUUGCCAACAACCUCUUCGGCCUGGCCUUCUCCCUUAACGGGGUAGAACUCCUGCACCUGAACAACGUCAGCACUGGCUGCAUCUUGCUGGGUGGGCUCUUCAUCUACGAUAUCUUCUGGGUAUUUGGCACCAAUGUGAUGGUGACAGUGGCCAAGUCCUUUGAGGCACCAAUAAAAUUGGUAUUUCCCCAGGACCUGCUGGAGAAGGGCCUGGAAGCGGACAACUUUGCCAUGCUGGGACUCGGAGACAUCGUCAUUCCAGGAAUCUUCAUUGCCUUGCUGCUGCGGUUCGACAUUAGCUUGAAGAAGAACACCCACACCUACUUCUACACCAGCUUUGCGGCCUACAUCUUCGGCCUGGGCCUUACCAUCUUCAUCAUGCACAUCUUCAAGCACGCCCAGCCUGCCCUCCUGUACCUGGUCCCUGCGUGUAUCGGCUUUCCUGUCCUUGUGGCACUGGCCAAGGGAGAAGUGACCGAAAUGUUCAGCUACGAGUCCUCAGCGGAAAUCCUGCCUCACACCCCGAGGCUCACCCACUUCCCCACAGUCUCGGGCUCCCCAGCCAGCCUGGCGGACUCCAUGCAGCAGAAGCUAGCUGGCCCUCGCCGCCGGCGCCCGCAGAAUCCCAGCGCCAUUUAUGAGGAGUCAAAUCCUAAGGAUCCAGCAGCAGUGACAGAAACCAGAGAGGGAAUAGAGGCGACCACAUCGAAGGGGCUGGAGAAGAAGGAGAAGUGA